CGCGAGCACAGCCUGUGGGCUACCGCAAAGCCUCCGCUUUCUUCACGUCGUCAAGGCUCUUUAAACACUUGGUGCGGGCGUAUGCGUGCGUGACUCGACCACGUCCGUGAUUAAUAUGAGCAGUGGCGGGCUGACUGCAGACGCCGUCGCCAGCCGGUGAACAAAGCGCUCGGAGGACACUGGAAAUGGUCGCCGGGCGCCGCCGGUGAACCCUCGCCGCCCACCGGCCGCCGCGUUGAUGCGGCACCAAGUAGGCGAUAAGCCGAGACCGAGUCAGUAGAUAGUGUUCGUGCGAUUGCAUUUUAACGAGGGAACGCUCAGACCCCCUCGUCCCGUCUUGAAGAUGGCGGCCGUGGUAAAUUACGCGCCACCGUGGUGGGUCAACCUGCUCCACCGCUUGCCACACUUCAACUUGGACUUCCAGAUGGUCAGCAGCGACUUUCGGCCCGAAGACCCCGAGUAUCAAAAGUCAGUGCUUCUGCUCGGCUCGGUGGCCCUGUUUUGUUUGGGUCUGGACCUCCUGUUCCUCCUGUUCUAUUCCUUCUGGCUUUGCUGCCGCCGCCGCAAGAGCGACGAGUCAUCGUCCCACUCGCACCACGGGCACUCCCAGCAGCCCAGUGCGGACUGCUGCUGCACUGCCUGGUGUGUCAUCAUUGCCACCCUGGUUUGCAGCGCUGGCAUUGCUGUGGGCUUCUACGGAAACGGCGAAUCGAGUGAUGGAGCCAGCCGCCUGGCCUACUCCCUGCGCCACGCCAACCGCACUGUAUCGGGCAUAGAAAAACUGGUAUCGGAUAGUGCCAUAGCGCUGAAUCAGACAGUGGAGGAGAACCUGGUGCAGCUGGAGACAGCCUACCAAGAGCAGACGGACUAUGUGUCCAUCGUUCAGAAGCUGCAGGGACAGCUGGACGAGCUGGUCAAACUUAUGGUGGACGUCCCCUUUUGGUCCAACACGGCUGUGUCCCUUGAGGACUUGGCCCGACAAACUGAGGCCUUUGACUUCUACAGGUGGUUGGGAUACCUAGGCCUGCUGUUGUUUGAUGUGCUCAUUUGCCUCCUGGUUCUCUUUGGGCUCAUACGGAACUCCAGAGGAACUUUGAUUGGCGUGUGCCUGCUGGGUGUUCUGACGCUCGUCAUCAGCUGGGCGUCUCUGGGCAUGGAACUGGCUGUUGCUGCGUCGGCAAGUGACUUCUGCGAUUCUCCCGACACGUACAUCGCCCGCGCCACCAAGGAGAACGCUGUCAUCAAUCAAGAUAUUCUGCAGUAUUACCUGAAGUGCAGCCCGGGACAAGUGAAUCCCUUCCAGCAGAGGCUGUCGGGGAGUCACAAAGCGUUGGUGGAGAUGCAGGAUGACGUGGCGGAGCUUUUGCGAUCGGCCACGAGGGAAUACGCCAACACCAAGGAGAAUCUGAAUCAGAUCCAGUCUGUGCUGAACUCCACAGGGGUUGGCCUGCACCAGCUGACAGCUCUAGUGGACUGUCGCAGCCUGCACAUGGACUACGUGCAGGCUUUGACGGGCCUGUGCUACGACGGAGUUGAAGGGGUCAUCUACCUGGUGCUCUUCUCCUUCGUCACGGCACUCAUGUUCUCCUCCAUUGUCUGCAGUGUGCCACACACCUGGCCGGGCAAGAGGACGGAUGAGGAGGAUGGAGAGGAUGAGUCGGGCGCCUCACGGGGCGGCAUUCACGAUAACCUCUACCGCGUUCACAUGCCCAGUCUCUACAGUUGCGGUUCCAGCUAUGGUAGCGAAGCUAGCCUGCCUGCCACCGCCCACACCGUCAGCAACGCCCCCGUCACUGAGUACAUGAACCAGAACGCAAACUUUCAGACCCCCCGGUGUGAGAACACCCCCUUGAUUGGCAGGGAGUCCCCUCCACCCUCUUACACCUCCAGUAUGAGGGCCAAAUACCUGGCCACGAACCGCCCGGACCAGAACCGUCGCUCCGUCCCCAACGAACAGCUGGACCCAGCCAGCCGGCCCCACGCCAACACCCGGCCGCAGUCCUCAGUCCACUAAUGACCAAUCAUCGUAGACUUAAGCAAACACACACACUGUACAAAAUUUGUAAAUAUGAAUCAUAACUACAACACUGAUUUAAUAACUGGUGACGUGUUGUGCCGUGCACUUAUGUUGCUGUAUCUUGCACACAUACACACUUUUAGAUGACAUCUACAUCAUCAUAACACCGAAGACUUGUCCGUGCAUCUCACAUUUUUUCUGGAAUUCAAGCACUCGGGAUGUUUUGACCGAGGGGCCAACCACGUGCCAAAAUAAUGGGUGCCUGAAAAUUAUGCCAGGAAGCGCUUGAUUCCCAUGUCAAUAAUAAAAAAAAUAAAAAUACAGAAAUGGUAGGAAUUAAAGCUGCAACAGGGAAGAAGACGAAGGACUCUGGGAAAAGCAGCAAAUUGUUUGCUUGGUGCUAACGUGAGCCAGCAAGGGAAAAAAAAAAGUUUUUUAAAGUUUUUUUUUUUUUUUUUAAAGUAUUUUACCAGAAGUGAUACUGUGAGUUUUUUUUAGUCCUCAUAAGCACAAUUUUUUUUUCUUCGAGGCAACCUUUAAAAGGAAAAAUGGGACACUGCCGACGCUUCUCCUGCUACUGUAUAAUAUGUACAGACUGUGGCAGUAAUCAUGUGUUUGGGUGUGUGUAUGUGUGUUGUGUAUGGGAGUGAGACCACCUAGCUGGUUAGCGUUGCAUUUUGUUGAACUUUGUUUACAUUAAUGACAUGCGGCCACUGUACGCACGCAUAAGUACUUAAAAAUACUUAAUCAACGUUAAGUAACAUCCCUUUUUUCAAACAUUUGUGAAUGAAAGGCCAUUUUUGACAUAAAAUGAUAAAUGACAUUCACUCAGAAAAAAAAUUUACAGAAAAUGCUGUAACGUGCAUGCCAGGCCAGUAGUUAGCAGUGUCAUUUUGCGUCGUAAAUGUAGACUUUGUCAGAGAAGCAUUCUUCACGUAAACACUGCUCUAGUGCUUUUGGUUUUCAGCAUUUAGUUUGGGACAGUUUUAGGUUCUUAAAACAAAAAAAAAAAUUGGCCAUAAAUGAUCUAUCUCAUACACACAUGCUGAGCAAACGUAGGCCUAUGUGGAUUUUUUUUUUUGGCGCUUCACAUACAACGACAGUCUCUGUUGACACGGAUGACCCAAACUGACUAAGUCAUAUUAUGCAUGCCAGACCGGUAACUGGUGAUGGUUUUUGCUUAUUUUUUGGGUUUAUUUUUAGUGUUUGCUUAGUAACAGUUACUUCAACUUGCUGGUAUUUAAACAAACUGUUUAUUUUAGCUUUUAGAAAACACAAUCACACGCUAAGCGUACAUUAACAUGAUAACUUGGCAAAAAACCCUUACCUUUUCAUGUAAAACAUAAUGUUCACACACAGUAAAAGAUGUAAUGGGCACGCUGGGCCACUAGUUGGCGGUCACUUUGCGUGAACAACGGCAAAUGCCUCAUUAGCAUAAACUGCAUAAACUGCAGCACAUUUGACUUCUAGCAUUUAGUACUUUUUCAAGUAGUUUAAAUGGAAAAGAUGAUUUUAGCCUGUAUCGAUCACACACAGUAGGUUAUAUAUGUUCCUGCAACAACAACCCAACAAAAUCCUUUCUGUGGGUGUAUUUUGACAACGUGUAAAAGACUCGUCACACGAAAAUGACUAAUAGGAUGUUAUAUGCAUGCCGGACUUGUAGUUGGCGAUGUAAAUUUCUGUCUAAAGAGAGGCUAUUACACACACAAAUCGCAAAUAGACUUGAGUUGUUGGUAACAGAAAUGCUAAGACAGUGCUUUUGUUUUUCAGGUUUGUCAAGAUGUUUUCAAAUAUCUGCGAUAUUAACGAACGCAGUUUUUAGCCUUUAACGAUAAUGUCUAAAGGUCCCAUUGCCACAGCACUUGUGUGUCAUAGUGCAUAAUUUUGUCAGAGAAGCCCUAUUACGUAUUUGAUAGCCUUGUGUUUCACACAUUUACUUUAGAUCACAAUUGUUAAUGCUAGGACAGGGAUACCAACAUUAUUUUUUAAAGGUUUCAAAAGGCUGUUGUCACAUCACCCAACGAGUUACACGUUCGCUUAGUAGUCUUUUCAUUAGCAUUGUGAGUGUCAUAGUUGACCGAGAAGUUUACCAAAAGCAGCUGUGUACAGCAUUAGCACAUUUGAUUUCUUGGGUUUAACCACUUCUCGUAUUGGCGAGACAAUCUAACCAUUUUAGGCUAAUCAUGCUACUUAUACCUAACCGCGUUGUGCUAUGUUCAACGCCUUUCAAAAAAAGUUUUCAUAUACCCCCCAUUCCACCUUGUUUUUUUGUCUUUCACUUUUUUUUUAAAUAAUCGCAUCUUGUAACGUAUUGGAGGUUAAAAAUAAUAAUAAUACUAGUUAGGUGUUUUUAUACAGUAUGGCUCUUUUCAAUUUAUUCCCAUGAAUCCACUUAGAAAAAGUAUUCAUGAUGUACAUGUUCAGACUGUGGUAACGAUAUAAUUCAAGCUGGAAAGUAAAUGUUGAAAAAAAAAAAACAACAAAAAAGUGAAAUUAAAGCAACUUUUAACAUGGAUUUGAACUCAGCUUUAUUUGUAGCACCAUCUAGUGGUCAAGUGCAGGUUGUCACCUAAAGUAGAAUGAAUGAAAAUGGAUGGAUGUGUUCUAUUUGUAAACAUAUCACUUAGUUGACUUAAACAAUGUCAAAUUCCUAUCGGCUUUAGUGUUUAAAAGCCUGGCCUCACCCCAUAUACCAUAUAAAACAGAAAACAUUUAGAUGACUUGAAGUUUUGCUCUGAGCUCCCCAAUUUGGCCAAAUUUCAAAAUUGACCUAUAUGCAUGUGUGAUACAUCAUUGGAAAGCUUAAAAUCUCAAUUUUUUGGGGGAAGAAAAAUUUUGAUCUGGAGGGCUUUUUAAAGAUUUUUUUUUAAAACCGCAAAACCCUAACUGGAGGUGAGAACAUGAGAGAGCAUAAUUAAAGACACCACAAUUUUAAUAUGAUAUUAUCGCAUACUUACCUAUUUUCGAUCCAGAAACUCCAUUUAGCAUGUAUCACCGAGUGUCAAGACGUAGCUGUGAAUGACCACAGCCGGAUUUUUGGGGAUUUUAUGGGUGAAACAUGGUAAUAUAACAAGGGUUUUAUAACAACCCUAACCCGAGCAAUGAGGCAGAUAUCUGUGAUUUAUUUACAGACACAGUUUUUUUCAUAUUGAUUUAAUUUGUUUAAAAGUUUAUAAUAUGUGAGUGAACAAUUUUUAAAAGUAUUUUUUAAACUAAAUAUUACACCUCAAAUCAUGAUUUUAAGCUAAAAAUGACAUUUCGAAUAAUAAAUAUAUAAUUACUUACCUUUUUUUUAAUGGCUUCGUUGAAACAAAAGCGGUUACGCGACGUCUGUAAAAGGGGGUCUCCAGGGUAAAACGGACAAAUUAAAAAUAGUUUGGGGGCUUAAUGCGCCAUGAAUCUGCUGUGGCAGCAUAUAGACAUAUUGUUCUAUCAAACACAACAGUUCUUUUGGCUUAAAAUACAGCAGUUUAUUUUAAAGAGGGUGCAAGAGCAAAAACUGCUUUUUCAGCCUUGUCUGUGUUUUCUGCCAUAUAUACCCAAUUUAACUAGAAACUAUUUUAAUAAUAAUAACAGGCUACAGUGGGAAAGAAUCUU